ACUCAGGAUGACUUUGUACUAGGAGAAUAGAACUUCAAUGACUAUAAUGCAACAACGGGAAAAGUCUGGUCCAAAUUGUCGGCCUAGAAUCCAGUUUACACUGCUAAUGUCUCAGUUCUUAACUCUCAUACCUGUUAAGACACGUGGAUCAAGCCGCAGGUGUUAGUUAGCACUUAGCAUAGCUAUUAAGUAAGAUGAGUUUCAGUUUAUCAGUUCAAAGAAAAGGACAUCAAUAAGGGCUCCAGCCAUGUUCUUGAAGAAAUUUUUGGUGUUCUUUCUUUGGAUCAAAUUGGCAACGUCGAGCAAUCAAGGUUUCAUCUUCAAUGGAUUCAGCCAAAACCAGAGUUUAGAACUUGGUGGUAUUGCGGAAUUGAGAACUGAUGGUCUUUUCAGGCUUACAAACACUGCAGUUUUUCAGGUUGGCCAUGUUUUCUACUCUGUCCCGUUUAAGUUCAAGAGUUCAUCAAAUGCUGAUGCGCUCUCUUUUUCAACCAAUUUCGUGUUUGCCAUAGUUCCUGAGAACUCUAGAGGCCAUGGUAUCACCUUUGUGCUUGCUCCUUCCAAGGAGUUAGCCCAAGUUGCUUCAGGCCAACAUCUGGGACUACUUAACUUUACAACUGAUGGGAAAUCCUCCAAUCAUAUAGCUGCUAUCGAGUUUGACACGUUCCAAAACCAGGAAUUCGAGGAUAUUGACGACAACCAUGUUGGUAUUGAUAUUAAUAGUUUAACGUCAGCCAAAUCUGCUUCUGCAGGUUAUGUUUAUAACAAAACUGGUAAAUUCAUGCCUGCUGAUCUUUCCUGUGGGGAACGGAUACAGGUUUGGGUGGAAUAUGAUGGUACAAAGCAUCAAUUGAAUGUCUCUUUGUCUCCAAUAAUCCGCAAGAGUAAGCCAAAAUUCCCUCUAUUGUCUAUGGAUAUCGAUUUAUCACCAAUAAUUUUAGAAGAAAUGUAUAUCGGUUUCUCUUCAGCCACAGGUUUGCAAGUAGCAUCUACAUAUAUUUCUGGCUGGAGCUUCCAGAUGGAUGGAGUAGCUGAAGAUCUUGAUCUCGCCAAAUUACCGUCUGUACCGAGCACGGGAAAGAAAAAAUCCAGGAAGAAACAAGUAAUACUAGCAGUUUCAUUGUCAUUGAGUGGAGUAUUUUUGUUGGCAUUUAUAUUCUCAGCCAUUUUUUUCUUGGGAAGAAAGAAAGUCAGAUUCACUGAGACACUUGAAGAUUGGGAGGUUCAGUUCGGACCUCAUAGGUUUCCUUACGGGGAUCUAUUUAUAGCAACUGGAGGCUUCAAUGAAAAGGAGCUUCUUGGACAAGGCGGUUUUGGUCAGGUUUAUAGAGGAGAAUUACCUGGACCAAAAGUCCAAAUUGCAGUGAAAAGAAUUUUCCACAAAUCUCAAGAUAGAAUGAAAGAGUUUAUUGCAGAGAUUGGCACAAUUGGAAGGCUGAGACAUCCCAAUUUAGUACGACUCCUUGGUUAUUGUCGAGGUAAAGAUGAGCUUCUUUUGGUCUAUGAUUAUAUGCCUAAUGGCAGUCUUGACAGAUUCCUAUACAACAAGCCAGAAGUAACUCUCAAUUGGAACCAAAGAUUUAGCAUAAUCAAAGAUGUCGCUUCUGCAGUCGCCUACCUGCAUGAAGAAUGGGUGGAAGUCAUCAUUCACAGAGAUAUAAAGGCCAGCAAUGUGUUAUUAGAUGACGACCUUAAGGGAAAAUUAGGUGAUUUUGGGCUUGCAAGAUGUAGUAAACAUGCACAAGAAACAACUCAUUUAGCUGGCACCUUUGGCUACAUAGCACCAGAGCUUGCUAAAACUGGUAGGGCAACUACAAGCACUGAUGUGUAUGCAUUUGGGGCUUUUUGCUUGGAGGUUGUUUGUGGUAGAAGGCCAGUCAUGCCACGAGCAUCAGCUGAUAAGGUGCAUCUUGUGGAUUGGGUGUUUAAAUGUUGGAAUGAAGAGGAUAUCUUGAAAACAGCGGACCCCCAACUUGACAAGGACUCUCAAGUUGGAGAAAUUGAGCUAGUUUUAAAGCUUGGAUUAUUUUGCUCGCAUAAUGUGGCAGCAUUUAGGCCAAAUAUGUCGCAAAUUAUCUCAUAUCUGAAUGGCCAAGCUUCAUUCCCUGAAAAUUUGGAUACAAUUCUUCGUACGAAUGAGCCCCUGGAACAGUCCCGUGACUAUUCUUUAACUUCUACAAAGGUGUCCGUAGGAACAAUGGGAGUCACUGAAUCAUUCCUAUUUGCAGGUCGUUAAUUAUAUGUAAGUAAAUGCAUUUGUUGUUUUAUUGAAUUAUAAAACUUAUUUCCAUCUUUGGGGCCUAAACCUCUAAUCUUCUUUGAUAAAUGAUCUUUUCAUGUUACUAAUCUUUCAUCUGAUGCAAUUUAGAUUAAUUCAAGAAAAUUUUAUAGGCAUAAAGCAUGGACUGGUUUACU